AUGCGAGUGUCGCAUACGGCCAUCCCAAGCCAAGCGCCCUCUGCGAGCGAAGCCGACACCACACAAGCACUCUCGCACAUCUGCUCCUAUCACCACCAAGAUGGAAUGCCGGCAUUCUCCGGGCCCACGGACGUCAUGACAGAAUCACAGCAACGACAAAGGCCGGGGCGGCGGCAUUGCCACGACGUCCAGACGGCUGAGAAGUACACAGAUAGGGACACCGGCCGCAGUCGCCGGCUAGUCUCUUCCACAAACCGAUGGCUGCGUCAUCGCCUUCCCAGAGCCUCGCUUGUGUUUUCCAGCGUGAUCCUGAUAUUUCUGGCAACCUUGUGCGCGCAGCCGGUCGAGGCGGCGCAAAUCAACUUCGAGAACUGUCUCCCCGACAACUACCGCUACAAUAACAACCCCGUGCUCCUACAGUUCGUCCCGCUGUAUGUUGAUGCGGUUUUUGAUACCGAGAACCCGACCCACAGCCUGCGUGUCACGGCAUACGGCAACGUAACAGGAACGAAUACCAACGAGCCUCUCCCGGCCUGGAAUAGCUCGGAUUGGCGGGAUCCCAAGAUGACCCUUGGGAAGAUCCUCCGUGACCCCAAUCCGAACGGCCCGGAUCCCAAGCUCACCACGCUGCACUCCAAGGUGAAUGUGUUAACCUACGAACCGUGGAACGGCGACUUUGACUUCUGCAACACGGCACUCGUCAAUGCCUCUUGCCCCUUGGGUCCCGUUUUCAAUACAACUGUGCUCGCGCCCUACCAGCUGCCGUCGUUCAACCUGACCCAGAAUUUCUAUUCUUCGUAUGCAUUCACAUCUUUCUCGGCCACGUUUCUGAUCAAGUAUGGAGACGCGGGGACCGACAUUGGUUGCGUCUCAGCAACGAUCACGCCGGACCUGGGAGACCUGGUCUGGAUGUUGAAGAUCCUUCCAGUUGUCAUCCUCUUGGUCGUGGGGUUCGCAACGAUCUUCGCCGCGGUCUUCAGUCCGUGGGGCUCAACGGACAUCUUCCACUGGUCGUCCAACUAUGGCCGCGACGCCGAUAUCCUGAGAUUGGUCACGCCAGGCUUUGGCGACUGCCUGGGCUACAUCCAGUUCAUUGUCCUCACUGGAGGCCUGACUUUGAACUACCCCGGAUUUUUCCAGCCCAUCGUGAGCCAGGCGGCCUGGUCCGCUCUCAUGUUCAAUGAGACCUUCGUGAGCAAGGCCCCGGGCCUGACCAGCCUGGUUGAUGGUAUCUAUGUGACGAACGGACAGUAUGGCCUUCAGCACAUUGCCCAGUUGGUCGGAAUGGAAGAGGCGGAGGAUGUAUGGGCAGGCAUGAUGGUCUGGCUUCUCGUCAUCAUUGCCGGCACGUUCGUCGUCUGCCAGCUUGGGUUCGGGCUGCAGUGGGUUUACCGGUUCAUCCGGCACAUCCCCGAGGAGGAUCUCCGAGCAAAGAAUGUGCCCUUUUCCGUGGGGAACGUCAUCAGAAUCGCCUUCAAUUACUUUCUGCUUCCCCUGGUGGCUCUUUCCACCUUCCAGCUGGUCCUUGCGGGCAGCUCACCCGCCUACACCGUCGCCCUCGCCGCGAUCACAGUCGUCGUGUUGCUUGGCUUCGCGAUAUGGCUGCUUUACCUCAUCGUUUCGACCAAGCCAAGGGCUGUUCUCUUUGACGACCUGCCAACCGUGCUGCUGUAUGGUCCUCUCUACAACACGUACUCUGACGAGGCUGCAGCCUUCGCGAUGAUCCCGCUCUUGCUCACCUUCGUCCGCGGCAUCGCCAUUGGCGGUGUCCAGCCCUCCGGAGUGGCCCAGGUCGUCAUCCUGGCCAUUUGCGAGGUGGUCCAGAUCCUCACGAUCCACGCUUUCCGACCGUUUCAUACCAAGUCGUCCAUGAACGCAUAUCACACGCUUUUCGCGAGUCUUCGAAUCGCCUCCGUCUUGUUGAUGAUUGCCUUCGUGCCACAAUUGGGUGUGACCGAAGGAGCCAGGGGCUGGGUCGGCUAUGUCAUUUUGGUCAUCCAUGCUGGCGUCCUCAUUCUUGGCUUCUUACUGAACGCUAUCCAGACCAUUCUCGAGGUCGUGGCCCGGCUUUUGGGGGCGGGCAACGACGACAUCAGGGGCCAGACCAGGGGUGGCCUGUCCAAGAUCUUUGGCAUGCGCCAGCUCUCACGCAGAAUGCCCCGUCGCAACGCAGGUCCAUCACGUCAGAGCAACCUGUCCACGACUGCUAUGCUGGACGAGGAGGCAUCCAAGACGGGCUAUGUCAUGCCUUCAGGUCGAGUCAGGAGUGAGUCCGCCGGUAGCAUCGGCGUGCUCCUCAACAACCGUGGAAAGCGCAGCUCCUCGGCGCUCGACUUCACCAGCGUGGACGUGCCCUUUGCGCCACGCAUUCUUGAUAGUGGGGCCAGUUCGUUCACGCCCACUACGCCGGGAGAAAUCAGUACGUUUUCUUUCCUGCCGUCUCCUGGCGGCGCUAAUCGCAACUCGAUGCCUCCUGCUUCAGCUGCGGCUCUCGAGGCUGGUGAUCCGUUCUACCGGCAACCGCGACGGACGAGACGGCAGACGAUCGACACCCGCGACACUACGGCGUCACCGGCCGAUAAGACUCGUGGCUCGUGGGCCAGUGCGGACUGGUCUGUGAAACGGAACAGUCAGGCCGGCGCGAGCUUGAUGCCCGAGAUCACAACGGAGGCAGAACCUCCAGUUUCGAGAGCGGCGACACCAGCACCUGCCGCUGCACAGCCUGCCAUCAGCUUCGCGCCGAGGGCUGACUACUCCACGAGAGAGGUCGACUUUUACUAUGGCGUUCGAGGCGAACGCCUGAAUUCGGAUGCACCGAGCAGGAAGCUGGGUACGGGUCCGGCCGAUCCCACGGGUCCGAUGGCCUCUGCUGCCGGCUGGUUCAAGACGUUCCUCGGAGGCAAGACUAAGGAGAAGGGCAAGGGGUUCGAAGUUGUACGAAGCUCGAGAAUGCCGCCCGCUAUGAAGGCUAGGGGAGGUGACUUCGCAGAGGACGGGCCGCCGGAGGGCAUCCCAGUGGCGAUGGGCGUGCUCCGCAACGGCCCUAUCGAGUCCGAUGACGAGGAUGAGGCCAAGAGGAAGAAGGCCGAGAAGGCUGCGCGACUCGGACGAGCGAAUGGAGAGGCUGGCUCUACAGAGCUGCUCGACGAGGAUGGCAACCCGCAAGAAGACAACGGAGACGAGGUCGAGAUGUCGAGGAUACCCGACGCGCCUCCCAUGCUACCUGGGAUUGAUAUAGGCGAGGAGAUAAGGUUACCGAGCCGAAUCCAGUCCAAGUCCAGUAGGUACACGGCGCAUACGGCAGCAAGGGAUGUCGGCGAUGACGACAUCCCAGACGUCCCCGAGGUGCCGCGAAAGAGCUCUCGGCGUACGCCGACGCACAGCCGAGGACCGUCACUCAAUCUCGAUACCCACUUCGAGUCCACGGGUGGUGUCUAUGGGCAGCAUCUUGCUCCAGGCGCCGGCGGGAGCUCGUCGAGGCUGCCCUUUGAGCGGACGGGGUCGCAGAAGCGCCUCUCCUCGGGGUCCUCCCUGGGCGCCACGACGACGGAAGAGAUGAGCCAGAUCGACCUGCAUGACUCGUCGGACGGCGGCGGCGGCGGCGGCAGCGGCAACGGCGUCGGGCAGGAGCGGCGACCCGCGAGCUUCGGCCACGUGCAACAGGGCAGUGUUAACCGCAUCGACCCUGAUCACCGUGGCCAGGUCAACCUCCACGGGACAUCGGCAGAGGUCGUCGACGAGCAUGAGAGGAAGUAA